UCUUUGUACCUUGACAAGCGUAACCGUGGAAAGACAUUUUGAUUAUGUGGCUGAACAUUUAGAAGAUCUAGAGAUACCCCUCAUUGACAAAGUCUUAAAAAUUGACGUUUUAGAUGAAACUCAAGCGAAAGAACUCCUGAAGAUAAAGGGUUGUGAAAAUGGCAAAGAAAGGAGAAGGAAGUUAUUAGAGUUUCUUCUGGGCGAAAAUGCAUGUCAAAUAUUGUUCUGCAUUCUCGAGAAUGAGAUACUGAUGAGUGGUGAAGCAGAAAUACUCCUUCGUAUACAACAAACAAAACCAUGUAAAGUUUCAGGUAUUUACUGGAAUUUCCGGAUACAAACGUGACUGUAUUGCAUUUAACAACCACAGAUAUUUGUAAUUGAAUUAAUGAAUCAAAGAAAACCUAUUCACGAGAAGCAAGGCAAAUUACAGUCUCUGAUUGACGCGAACAUGCGGAAUUACUGGAAGAGGAACUAGAUGGCAGAUGGUUCUUGCAUACACUGCAAUCACGAACAGACGAACGUUCUUUACAGAUGGUGAAAACAAUCGAGGACUCCCAAUCUAGAAAAGAAAGAACCAAGUCUUUCUUAGAGUAUUUAUAUGCUGAAGAUAAUCUGCACUGGUUCGAAGAAGGACUAGAGAUACACAACAAGUACAUUUUGCAAGAAUUGCAACUACAUAGACGUCACGUAGGCUUCACUACCCAAGAUUUGAAACUGGCUUUCAUGUCUGCAUAUGAUGUCAUUACUGAAGAUCUAGAGCCACUACAACUUGCGAAACAUCUUUGCUCAUCGUUUCGUCAACAAUCAGACUUUUCCUUUUUGAGACAUAUCAGCACAAGACAGGGAAGAGCAUCAUUCUUCUUUAGAAAAAUCCUUACCAUGAGUGACCAAAGAUUUGGAGAGGUUCUUGAAGCAAUGCGAAUCAGCUACAAUGAUAUUGUAUCUACUGUUGAAGAAAUUUUGAAAUGCGGUUCUUUAUGUGAAAAGUACAAAUGUCCAAGAAUCCGACGAUGCCACGGAAAAAUACAGGAGUGUGUGUUUAGCACUGAGAUAUCUUUAUUUGAUGCAGACACAAACAUAAGAACUGUCAAACCAUGUGACGUUUCUUCUCCAAAAAGGCUGAGGAAAACAAAAUUAGCCGCUGGAUUUGUACAAGCUGAAAUCACAAAGUAUGAUAAGAAGAAAGAAUAUUGGAGCUCGUAUGAUCGUUACAAUACCAAUAUCGGCGUUAUCGGUUCUCAAGCUUCAGGUUCAUGUAAACGGUCCCUACUAAAUGCCAUGUGUGGACGAAUCGAAACCGACGAAGAAACGGCACAGGUUUACGUUGAAACAGACCUACACAAGUUCAGUUCCUACAAAGAAGCAAGAAAUAUUGUGUUUUGGGAUCUUCCUGAAAUUGGGACCGGGCAAUAUCCACGAGAAACAUAUUUGAAGGAUAUCGAUUUCAAACGCUAUGAUUGUUUUGCAUUGUUAGUACCAUGUCCGAUUGCUUUGGAUGAUAACAUUUUGAAGAAAUUGUUCAUUUGCACAGAAGAGUCGUUCUGGUAUGCACUGAUAAAGGUAAUCUACAUGUCCCCAGUACAUCUUAUGAAGCUACUGCACACUGUAGUAGUGCUGGAAACGUAAACGAAAAACAAGCAGCAGAGGCAGUCCGUCAGAACUGCUACAAAAAACUUGCAGAAAUAGGGUGCGCUGACAGUCCAGUUUUUCUCAUCAAGGAAGAUGCUUUAUUGGGCGGUAAUUAUGACUUUGACAAUCUCAUCGCAAAGUUGAUUGAGGAGGUGACUGACGAAAAGCAUAUGAUCGAUUAGCAAGACCUCAAAUGAAAACCAAUGCUUUUUGCUAGGACACAUUUCCGUUGAUUAGAUCAAAUGGCAAAUGCUUCAAGCAUUCGAAAAUGCAGAAUUGGGUAUAUGCAUCAAUUACAGUAUUGCUUGCUUUGUGUGUUUUUUUGUGAGUUUUGCUUCAUGCUACUUUGAUUUUGAUUAAGGUAUUUGACCCCUAAUAGUAACGUUUAAAAAAUGGUAUUUGCUAGGUAUAUUCUUAAAGUUGACUAUGUUUUGCAUUUCGUUGCAUAUUUUAAACAACUUUUACCGUGCCGUUUUUUUAUAUAAAAUUUAUGGUAUUUCCUCAAGCUCAAGUAGAGACAAAUUGCAAAGUAAUGGCCACUGUUCAAAACAUUUGCAGAGAAUUCAUUAUAGCAUUAAUGUUAAUAAAAGAAACACCAAAUUAUUGGUAAACAAUAAUAAAACACAAAAUAAAAUAGUCAAAAUCAUUUUGUCAAGGGUGCCUUAAGUAAACUGAUUUAAUGAAAAGAAGUCUAACGCCAACAUUGAAAUAUUAUUGCCGAGUCCUGUGGGACUGUUUUAAAUUUUGUUCACUUCAUUCAAAAAUAAUUUUCGGGCAGAAGAAAACCUACCUACAUUUUUUCCACAAUAUGUAAUCUAAAGAGUAAAUGCGAAAUAGAGAACUUAUACCGCAUGUAACUCAGUAUUUUUAAAGAUGUCUAACUCCACCCCCUACUGUUUCAGAGGUAAAUUCACUUUAAACAGCAAGAAGUUGAUUAUCAAAUGAAACAUUUCCACUUUUGUACAAUAAAUCAAUACUAAGUCUUGAAAAAAGUAAAAUCUUACUAGGAAAAGGAAAACAAAAAGAAAAAAGUUUGGCCCCCGUGGCUUGAACCUACGCCCCCCCUGAAAAAUUUCAGUCAAAGUAGGUUUAUUGUAGAAUAGAAUACUCUUCAAAAAUGAGGUACUCUAUUACGGGUCUAAUACCUGAAUUAAAUUGUAAAGAAUAGACACUUUCCUCGUUAUUAGAGCAGAAAGUUAUAAUUUACAAGUAUAAAAUUCUUGUCUCUGGUUUGCAUAUUAUGUAUCGUAACGAUUAGAUCUACGCAAUAUCAUUUUAAAUGUAUUUAUUUAUUUAUUUACCAUUCGAAUACCUUGAAAUGUGUCAGUAUAUCUUAUUGCCUCUAUGCUUUAUGUAUUUAUGUAUUGGAUUCGGUGUUGCUAUAUUGCUAUAUUUUCUGGUCCUUUGAAUGGACCUUUGAAAUCUUGGAACCAAAUCAAUUUUACUAUAAUAAUUGAACUCCGCUUAAUACGCAAAGAGUGUUGCACAUUUCAUUACCUCUCAUGAACAGUUUUUAUCAAAGCGAGUGCUUGAUUUGCCGUGGGCUCUGUAUAUAUCAUCAAAUAUCCGUUUUCUUGAAAAUCAUUAUGAUUUUGCUUUUGUAUAUGUAAGGCUGGAAUUAUUCAUAUUUUAUACAUGAAAAAGAGCAAUUAUUCAUGUCAGAAUUAGUGGCAUUGAAUAUAAAUAUCAGUCAGGUUAUUUAUCAAUUUUAGUGUAUUUUAUUGUACCCCCCGAACAACGAAGUACUGGAUUGAGGUUGUCUGUCUGGUCGUCUGUCCGUCCGUCCGUAGACACAGUCUUGUGCGCCCCAUCUCUCCUCAUCCCCUUGAUACAGUUUAAUGAAACUUCACAAAAGUGACCAGUAACAACAGUAGUUGUGCAUGAUGCAUGUUAGGUUCUUUCAGAAAAAAAUCUGCAUUGUUAUGGGACUCUGUUUUUUGUUAACAUACUAUAUACAUACAGUCUGCAUAUGCGAUCUUGUGCGCGCCUAAUCGCCUGAGCCAAUGCACACAAUUUAAUGAAACUUAACACAAGUAAUCAGUAGUAACCCUAGUUGUGCAUGGUGCAUGUUAGGUUCUUUCAGAAAAAAAUCUGCAUUGUUAUGUGACUUUGUUUUUUGUUAACAUACUAUAUACAUACAGUCUGCAUAUGCGAUCUUGUGCGCGCCUAAUCGCCUGAACCAAUGCACACAAUUUAAUGAAACUUAACACAAGUAAUCAGUAGUAACCCUAGUUGUGCAUGGUGCAUGUUAGGUUCUUUCAGAAAAAAAUCUGCAUUGUUAUGUGACUUUGUUUUUUGUUAACAUACUAUAUACAUACAGUCUGCAUAUGCGAUCUUGUGCGCGCCUAAUCUCCUGAACCAAUGCACACAAUUUAAUGAAACUUAACACAAGUGAUCAGUAGUAACCCUAGUUGUGCAUGGUGCAUGUUAGGUUCUUUCAGAAAAAAAUCUGCAUUGUUAUGGGACUUUGUUUUUGUUAACAUACUAUAUACAUACAGUCUGCAUAUUCAAUCUUGUUCGCGCCUAAUCUCCUAAUCCAAUGCACACAAUUUAAUGAAACUUAACACAAGUGAUCAGUAGUAACCCUAAUUGUGCAUGGUGCAUGUUACGUUCUUUUAGAUAAAUAUUCUGCAGAGUUAUCGGAUUUUUUGUUACUAUACUAUAUACAUAGAGUCUAUAUACAUACAGUCCACAUAAUUAUGCAAUUUUGUGUGCGUCAAAUUGCAAUGUACUGUCUCAGUGUGUGCGAGGGUUACAUACAUCACCUUUAGUGAUAGGUCUAGUUUCAAUAUCUAAAUUAAAUUAUUUUCAUAUAUUCAAUUGAAUAAACCUAACAUAUAAAGGAUACACAAAUGUCCUUACACACUGAAAAGCCUCGCAUUUUAAUAUUUUUUCAUCUAGUUUAAUAAACUAAAUGUGGAAAGACAUACAUGUAAAAUUCUUUUUAUCACAUGUUAGUUUUUCCUACUGAAACCUCAAAAUUUCUUCUUUCUUUACCCAUUUAUAGACCAAAUCAAUUUCACCAACGUCUGCUCUACUUAAAACGACGACAACGUCGAAGCUUUACUAUACUAGUGUAAUUCAAAAGUUAUAUAAUGGCUUUAUUUCAUUCCCACGUCGGACGUCAAACAUGUGAUAAAUAAGAUUACGUAUAUACGUGUACCUUGCACCUCCAGUUUUCUUCAUGAUGCAAUCGUAAGGUAAUCUGCGUUUUUUGGGUUGACGUGAAACGAGUAGUGUAAAUAUUUAUUGCACGUCAUAAUAUAUGUUAUUUAUAUCGGAAAUUCAACAUGUGAAAUAGUACGUAAAAGUUAACAGGAUCGCAAAUUUUGAUAGUAGUACUUACUACAUAUUGCAGUUAUUAAAAUGGUUUUGUCAUGGCGAUGUGUUGCAAGCAAACAUUCCUCUACCUUAUUUGUUAUAUUCCAUAAAAGCUUAACAGCAAUUACAGGGUUUGUCAUCAUUGAAAAUAUGAUACAACAUGUUAUUCAUUUAAGUCCUAAAACUGCAAGUAUAAUGUCAUCAACUUAGUAUGUCCGCUGGCAUGUUGUUAAAGGCUUUUUAUAUAGCUGAAUGAAACCGAAAUUAGAAAUUGUUUCUGUUAAAAAACUAUUUCCACAGCUAAUUUUGGUGGAGGACGACCCACAAUGUCCGUCUUGGCGAUAUUUAAGCCAAGGGCAGGCACAGGGGUAGACAUUAUGUAAGUCAGCUUAUUUUAUUCCUCACAUGAAAGAUAAGAGGGAGACCCGAGCAAACGGCAGUGAAGGACAAUUGAUUUUAAGUCGGUGACCUUAACCUUUUAGUCACGUACAUCCUUU